CUCGGCGUGUCGGAUGUCAAGUGAUCCGACUCCCCAGCAUCGGUAGUUGACCUGAUGUCACAGUGCCAUUGUUUACGCCCAACACCACUUUUCCUCUUCCAACUACUAUAUAUACCAAAGCUGACAUCUGUUCGAAAUGGUUACUACAAGAGCGAGUUCUCGAGGCGAGAGCGUCAGUACUGAGAGUUCUACUACGAUCGAUAUACCUUCUACACCCGCUACCCGAAAACGAACGAUGAAGAACACAGACCCGAACCCCUCAUUCUCAAAUGGAUCGUCCAAGAAACGCGCUUCUCAUACGUGGCAUCAUACAGCCUCAUCGACAACGAUUCUCUGGCUGGCGAUAUCAUUGCCCCUCGUCAUAUGGGAUAUAGGCUACGUCUUUGGCCGUCCUCACACCAUGCCUGAUGGUUUCCUCCACUGGCCAUUAUACGUCCCGUAUGCGCUGUACGGCGAAGUCGAUCAUGUUUACGGAUGGAAGGCGUUCAAUGCCAAGAACGGCUUCACUGCCGCACAAACAGCGUUGAAUGUUGUUGAGACGCUCAUGUACUUGGUGUAUUUGUACAUGCUGUGGACGCGUGCGGACAAGACGCUUGAUGGCGCGAAGAGGACUUUGAGUGGACGUGAUGGUGCGUUGGCUGUUGUCAUUGGCUUUAGUGCUGCUGUUAUGACGCUGAGCAAGACAAUCCUAUACUGGGCCAAUGAGUAUUAUAGUGGCUUUGACAACAUUGCUCACAAUACGCCUAUGGACCUACUCACUCUUUGGAUAAUUCCUAAUGGUGCCUGGAUUGUCCUUCCGACCUACAUGAUCUCCAAGUUUGGGGGAGAUGUUCUCGAUGGCUUGACACUUGCUUCAAGCCAAUCGGUAAAGGUCGAAUAGAAUAAGCACGAAGGGUCUGGUUGAGCGUCUCCUUUAGUAUUUAGCGAAUAUGUAUGAGGAAUGAGAGAUGAUGUGUAAUACGAGGGUGGGUUCUGGCGCUUUUGACAAUUAGAUGUAAAUGGACAAGGCAAUGUUACGAGAACAAAAUUGACUUUGACUAUUGUUCGAGUAUUCACAUUUAGUCCGAGAAGAACAUCGAAGUAAGAGCAACUGACAUCAACAUAUGAUGAUUAACUACUACCCUUCCAACCUCACCCUUCCAACCUCACCCAUACCUUCCACAGCAAACAUAACAAAGCUAGCUAUAACUAUCGUCUAGACAUGUCAUUUCAUAAAGAAAUAGGGGUAUUCGCUUAUAACAAUCAAACAAAGAACAAAGA